AGGUGGCCUUUGCCAUGGAGAAGGGCGAGGUCUUCGCUCUGCCCGAGUCCUCCUCGGUCAAGCGGGUCUUCGCGGGCCUCGGCUGGGACGUGGCGGACGGCGCCGAGGUGGACCUCGACGUGUCCGCUGUCUGCCUGUCCAAGGACGGCCAGGAGCUGGGCGCGGUGUUUUUUGGCAACACGAGUGAGUUCGGCCUCGAGCAUUCCGGGGACAACCUCGACGGUGAGGGCGACGGAGACGACGAGGUGAUAUCCGCGGACUUGGAAAGGAUGGACCCAAGGGUGGACCAGAUAGUCUUCGUCGUCAACAUCUACUCCAACGGCGUGACCUUCGACCAGGUCUCCAACGCGUACUGCAGGAUCUUCGACGGCUCGAACAACGAGCUUGCGCGGUACCUGCUGAGAGAGGGGAGGAACGAGAGGGGCCUCAUCAUCUCGCGCCUGUUCCGGGAGCCGGGCGACCGGUGGGGCUUCCAGGCAGUGGGGCAGUUCUGCCGCGGGAAGACGUGGAAGGACGCGAUACCAGAAGUCGUCGCGCUCGUGAAGAAGCCCGCGACGGCGUUCCAGGUCCGCAGCGACACCUCCAUGAGCCUCGGCGGCCCCCCCACGGCCAGCUUCCAGCCCUCGGCGCCCCCGGCGUCGCCCCGCCCCCAUGGAGGCGGCGGCCCUGGCAGGCCCUCGGUGCAGGCCGUGCCCCCGCCGCCCGCUGGCAGCAAGAAGGACUGCGCCGUGAUGUGAGAGGUCCGCGGCCCCGGCGGCCGCGGCGGUGCCCGGCUGGCGGCUGAGCCGCCGCUGUGGCCACAGCCCUUGCCGAAGGGACGAGUUGAGGAGCGGGGGGAUGUCGGAGAGGAUCCUCGUCCCGUCCGCGCGUGCUGCGCGGAGCUCGCACUAAGCUGCUGCCCGCGCGGCCCUCUGCCGGCGCCACCCAGCAGGCCCGCGCGGCCUGCGGCCGACAGGCACGCGCAGGCGUGCGCAGGCCGCCGACUCCGCACCGUCCCCGCAGUCGGGAUGCGGUACCUGGGCUCGAUCCCCCCCCAGCUGCCGCGCGAGGCCACCGCGAGUGCGUCCUGGGACCUCUCGCGCCCCGCGUCAGUUGUGGGACCUGCGCGUCUCGGAGGGGCGCGAGGGGCCAUCUCUGGCUUCCGCGCGAUCCCACGGCUCGCAGCAGGGGCUUCAACAGAAAGUCCCAAGCGAUUCAUCGGGUGCAGGCACCCGGCGAACCACGAAGCCGUUCCGCAGGCGUGUCCCAUUC